GAGAGAGAGUGUUCAGGCUCGGAAAAUGAAGCAUCGCUCGCGCCUGAGAAGCUUCGACAGCUCCGCCAUGACCGGCCUCCUCGUACCUUUCGUUUGCCAUGUCUUCCCAUCUGCGAACAUCAUCGGAAAAGUCAAAACGAGAUUCCGCACUUUCGUUAACACUAGCACGAACGCGAUCCGAUCGUUCUCAGGGCUCGAUCAUCAGGCACUGACAGAGAGAGAUUGCCAACACACGAUCGACUCUGUUUAGGAUCGACGAUCGCAAUCGAGAGAAGUAGGUGUUUAUCUGGUUCAACUGGCAAAUGUGUUCCGUGGUUUGAACUGGAUCAAAUCACUUUGAAUUUGCUUGUUUCUUAUCCUUACGGUAGCCUGUUCAUUCCGUAAUGAACCUUUGUUAUGGUGUGGCUGAACUGAAUUGAAUUUGCGUGGCUGUGGUAUCUGCAGCUUCCCGCCGUACGUGUUUUGCAGCUAGAGGCUCGCUGCGGGGAACAUGGCCAAGCAUCAUCCUGAUCUGAUCAUGUGCAGGAAACAGCCUGGAAUCGCCGUUGGACGACUCUGCGAGAAAUGUGAUGGGAAGUGCGUCGUCUGCGAUUCCUUUGUCCGCCCGUGCACUCUGGUACGCGUGUGUGACGAGUGCAACUAUGGUUCUUUUCAGGGCCGCUGCGUCAUCUGUGGGGGAGUGGGGAUCUCCGAUGCUUACUUCUGCAAAGAGUGCACGCAACAGGAGAAGGACAGGGACGGGUGUCCUAAGAUCGUCAACCUAGGAAGCGCGAAAACCGAUCUCUUCUACGAGCGCAAGAAGUAUGGAUUUAAGAAACGGUGAUGGUUUUGUGCGAUGCUACCGAUACUGGCUUGAUGCAAUCCAUUGAUUGACAAAAUUCAAAGAGGCUUGAGUUACCAUGAAGGUGGUGGGCAAUCAAUCCUGUCUAGCCUAACUUGUCAGCGAUGUUAUUGAGAAGCAUCUGAUGGAUAUUGUUCUUGAAGGAGAUGAUACUUUCUCUGUUUUGGUCUCUGAACUAGUCAUAGCAUUCAGGAUUUCUGUGGAGUGACUAUGCAAAAAAUUGGUCUGCUAUGUU